GGCAUAAUUAGAUCUCAAGUUAAAAAAAUAGAUAGAGAGAGAGAUGGUUAACUACGUUUGGUUUUAAAGCCAGCUUUAAGGAAUGAGAACACGUCCUGAUUGUCUCCUCCUUUUUGUGUACACUUUCCUACAAACAAAUCUCAAAUUUAACUUCUGCACACAAGCACAGCAAGAGCUGCUGCUAUGAUGAAAUCGGACGAGAUUAAAAAUGAGAACGUACCCAUGAAGAUCUCUGGUGGUGAAGAGAUUUCAUCUGGAAUUCACCACAUUAACACCGCUUGGAGAGAAACAAAGCCGGAAACGUCCCCGUGCAUCCGGUGUGGGAAGAGUUUUAGUGAUGUGGGAAUUCUCAAAACACACCAUUGCAUUCACACAGGUGAGAAGCCAUAUUACUGCACAGAAUGUGGGAAGAGUUUUAUUGUGCGCAGUCAUCUCGAACGACACCAGCGUAUUCACACGGGGGAGAAGCCGUAUCGCUGCUCACAGUGUGGAAUAAGUUUUAGGGAUGGAGGAACUCUCAAAACUCACCAACGCAUUCACACAGGAGAGAAGCCGUAUUACUGCACAGAAUGUGGGAAGAGUUUUAUUGUGCGCAGUCAUCUCGAACGACACCAGCGUAUUCACACGGGAGAGAAGCCAUAUCUUUGCUCACAGUGUGGAAGAAGUUUUAGGGAUGGAGGAACCCUCAAAACUCACCAACGCAUUCACACAGGAGAGAAGCCGUAUUACUGCACAGAAUGUGGGAAGAGUUUUACUGUGCGCAAUCAUCUCGAACGACACCAGCGUAUUCACACGGGAGAGAAGCCGUAUCGCUGCUCACGCUGUGGGAAGAGUUUUACCCGAGAGGACACCCUGCAACAGCACCAGGUCAUUCAUACAGGAGAGAAGCCGUAUCAUUGCUCACAGUGUGGAAGAAGUUUUAGGGAUAGCGGAACUCUCAAAAUUCACCAACGCAUUCACACAGGAGAGAAGCCCUAUCACUGUUUACAGUGUGGGAAGAAUUUUUCUGUUAGUGGAACCUUCGUGAAGCACCAGCGCAUUCACACAGGAGAGAAGCCUUAUUACUGCACAGAAUGUGGGAAGAGUUUUAGUCAGGCAGGAACACUCAAAACACAUCAACGCACCCACACAGGAGAGAAGCCGUAUCGCUGCUCACGUUGUGGGAAGAGUUUUACCCGAGAGGACACCCUGCAACAGCACCAGCUCAUUCAUACAGGAGAGAAGCCGUAUCAUUGCUCACAGUGUGGAAGAAGUUUUAGGGAUAGAGGAACUCUCAAAACUCACCAGCGCAUUCACACAGGAGAGAAGCCUUAUUACUGUUCAGAGUGUGGGAAAAGUUUUAGUCAGGCAGGAACACUCAAAACUCACCAACGCACCCACACAGGAGAGAAGCCGUGUGAGAAGCCAUAUUACUGCACAGAAUGUGGGAAGAGUUUUAUUGUGCGCAAUCAUCUCGAACGACACCAGCGUAUUCACACGGGAGAGAAGCCGUAUCGCUGCUCACGUUGCGGGAAGAGUUUUACCCGAGAGGACACCCUGCAACAGCACCAGCUCAUUCAUACAGGAGAGAAGCCGUAUCGCUGCUCACAGUGUGGAAGAAGUUUUAGGGAUAGAGGAACUCUCAAAACUCACCAACGCAUUCACACAGGAGAGAAGCCGUAUCAUUGCUCACAGUGUGGAAGAAGUUUUAGGGAUAGCGGAACUCUCAAAACUCACCAACGCAUUCACACAGGAGAGAAGCCGUAUUACUGCACAGAAUGUGGGAAAAGUUAUAUUGUGCGCAAUCAUCUUGAACGACACCAGCGUAUUCACACGGGAGAGAAGCCGUAUCGCUGCUCACGUUGCGGGAAGAGUUUUACCCGAGAGGACACCCUGCAACAGCACCAGCUCAUUCAUACAGGAGAGAAGCCGUAUCAUUGCUCACAGUGUGGAAGGAGUUUUAGGGAUAGAGGAACUCUCAAAACUCACCAACGCAUUCACACAGGAGAGAAGCCGUAUUACUGCACAGAAUGUGGGAAGAGUUAUAUUGUGCGCAAUCAUCUCGAACGACACCAGCGUAUUCACACGGGAGAGAAGCCGUAUCGCUGCUCACGUUGCGGGAAGAGUUUUACCCGAGAGGACACCCUGCAACAGCACCAGCUCAUUCAUACAGGAGAGAAGCCGUAUCAUUGCUCACAGUGUGGAAGAAGUUUUAGGGAUAGCGGAACUCUCAAAAUUCACCAACGCAUUCACACAGGAGAGAAGCCGUAUCACUGUUUACAGUGUGGGAAGAAUUUUUCUGUUAGUGGAACCUUCGUGAAGCACCAGCGCAUUCACUCAGGAGAGAAGCCUUAUUACUGUUCAGAGUGUGGGAAGAGUUUUAGUCAGGCAGGAACACUCAAAACACAUCAACGCACCCACACAGGAGAGAAGCCGUAUCACUGUUUACAGUGUGGGAAGAGUUUUACUGAAAGAGGAACUCUUGUGAAGCACCAGCGUAUUCACACAGGAGAGAAGCCGUAUCACUGCUCACGGUGUAGACUGAGCUUCACUCAUUUAAAUGUAUUUAAUACACACAAGUGCAUUAGAGCAGCACAGUCAGUAUGUAACGCAUGAAUUUGUCAAGUCAAGAAAUAUUAUUAUUAAAAGGUGUAACAAUAUAGUCACAAUUCAUUUUGAUUCACGAUACUGGCUUCAUAUUUUGAUUCAACUUGAUUCUCCGUAUAUUUUGAACAAAAUUUGAAUGGACAAAAAUGACUGAAAAGACUUUUUUUUUUUAAGUUUCUGAAUCAAAAAUAAUGCAAAACAAUGUGCAUUUGUGUCUGUAUAAAACUCAUUUUAACCAGUAAUAGAUCUCCAAAGUCAGCUAGAAUGUCCAGCCUUCACAAACAUGAUUUAUGAACUAUUCCUUUCUUAGAGCUCCUGAUCUUGACGAUAUUUUGAAAAAGACCGAAUGGCUUUAACGUUUAACGAGUGAUUUUCAAAGAUUGAAAUAAAAAUCCAAACAGUGCAAAAGUUGUCCAUGUACGAGUGUGAUCAAAUAGUUUGCAUAAAUAUAAAAAGCAGGCUACACUGAAGGGGGGGAGAAAAUGUUUAUAGUAACUGCUUAACCUGCAUGACCUGGUCAGGUUAGCAAUAUGAGGAGUGAACAGUAGCUGACUCGGGUUGUUUGAUGGGCAGUGGCCAAAAAAAAAAGUCUUCAUCCUUGAUUAACAUUGUUAUAAGUCAAAUGAGAUUAAAAUUAAUAAAACGCA